AGAUUGAAACUAUAUAUCGGCAUCUCACUCAUGCCCAAAUUUUUAUUCAUGGAGCAGAGCAAAGUAGCGAUUUUUAUUUCAGUGCAAAUCGCAAAGGCGCGUUGUUUUGUUGUGCAGUGUGUGAAAUUGGAAUAAAUAACGAACGUAAAAUAAUUCAUGUUUAUAUUGUAAUUUGUUGGUAAACAACAUAGUUACAAUACUUUUUGGCAUUUCUUGAAGGAAAAUUUCUUGCGGUUUUUGUUGAUUUGCCGCGAGCGUGUCGCCGAGGCUAGUGCCAAGAUGGGCGUGCCACACAUCACCUCCUUCUGCUGGUGCAUGGGACUCGAGGUCGGAGCUAAGUGCGUCGGCUUCGUACACCUGCUGGUGUCAUUCAUCCUGAUGAUCCUGUGCUCCGUGUUCGCGGAGAAUGUGCGCGGGUUCGUGGGCACGGCGGAGGACGCCGGGGACGGCCUGUACGCCACCUGGUACAAGAUCGCCGUCGCCACCGCCGUCGUCACCGUCGUGCAUGUACUGCUCGCCUUCACACUGCUCUUCUCUGUCUUCAAGCGCGCGGCGCGCGGUGUCCGCGUGUGGGUGUGGGUGAUGUCUGCGCUGUGCGCGGCGUCGCUCGUGUGUAUCGUGGUGCUCGCGGCCAUGCACGGCCUGUCCGGCUCCGGCUCCGACAUCUUCCUGUCCUUCCUCGAGGGACUCGUCUUCUUCGGAGUGAUGGCUUACUGCAUCCUGUGCGUGAACAGUUACUACUUGAUGUUGAAGAGUGCGGAGGACAUGGAGGGCCCGCACAAGUCUGUCUACUAGUCACUGCGCGGGACAUCUCGGUACUCACUAUAUUAUGUACUUACUUUUGUUUAUGAACAUGACCUCACAAUGCACAACAAAGCAAAGAUAACAACUUUCUGAAGUUACUGCUAACAUCUGUAAAUCGAUGAAAGGAUCUUAAUCAGGUUGAAGAAGCCUACUGAUUUGGAUGCAUCCAAAAUUAAUACACGAACGUCUAAUAGGUUAGCUACUUGUUUUAAGCAAAUCUUUAAGGCCAUUUUAUUAGAGAUUCCUUAAAAUGUUGGUACCUAAAAUAUAAAGACAACAAUAGAUGCAACAGUAUAAAAUAAUAAAUGCUUAUUAGCUACCUAAGUCUUAAAAUAUGAGACAAAGAACCGAAUCACAAAAUUGUACGAAUUCUUUUGGAUUGGAUUUGGAUUAUGAUUUGGAUAUCUUUGUUUUGAGAAGAAAAAUGAUGCAUGGUCGUUCAAUUAAUUUUACUUGGAAAUUAAGUACCAAACUAAAUAUGUAGUUUUAAAGAAUAAGCUACAUGAAAAAGAACGAGUUUUAAAUACUAAUUAUACCUAAUUUUAUAAAUGAAUGAAUAAAAAGAGCAUUUUUAACAAUCUUCCUAUACAUAAUUCAGAAGAAAUGUUCUAAAUAAUAAUUUUAAUAGAAUCGUGCUAAAUGAGAAACUGUUUUGUUACGUACAAAUAUUAUAAUAGUAACACUAGGUGGAUAUAUUUGUAUGUUUAUUGUAGUAGUCGAUGUUAAGUGUUGAAGCUCCCUGUUGCACGCAUACAUAUACUCAUAAUCUUAGAACGUGAGCCAUACUAAAUUAAAAACAGUACAUUGCUUGCCUUCGUAAGUAAUCGAGGGUGCCCGACUAAUUUCAAACUACGAUCGGGGCCCGUAAUGACCCAGGCGAACGAUGAAACCUAAUUAGCUACUCAUGAUAAUAAUCAUAUUGGAUAUUCUAAUCAAUCGUAACGUUCUUGCAAUAUAUAUUUAGUAGACGUUACUAUGUAAUCGCGAACAGUAUGUACGAUGAUGUCAUCACAUUUGCACGCGUAAUGUACCGAAAUGCCAGACAAGGUUACACGGCACGAAUGGGAAGCCAUUUGUAUUGUUAUUGUUAGACAUUUAUCUUAUCUCACUAACUGCCUAAUUGGUUGUGAGUGUUGGGCAAAGUAAUAUUGAGUGCUUUUUUUCAAAGCCUUAGUAGUAGCACACAGCCUAGAUUAGGUUCAUCUAUUAGCGUGGGACUAUUUGUAAGUAAUGCUUUUUAUGUACCUUUGCUUAUCCCUUUGGGGGAUAAAAAGAGUGAUGUUAUAGUUAUCUUAUACAAUAUUAAAUUUAUUUUUAAUGAAUACUUCUUUCUAUGAAGACAAUUGCAUUUACUGCGUGCGACAGGGCUUAGAUGUAAGUGCAACAUUUUAUAAAUGUGUUUUAAUGCUUAGAUGUUUUACUGUAGCGCCUGGCGGGCUAUUAUACCUAGAAUUUAUAUAAUAAUACAAUGUUUCAAAUAUUAACGUGUAACCGAUUGGAAAUGAAUCUUUGAAUUGUUAAAAUAUGAUAUUGAUACUUUAAUAAAUUGUAUUUCAAAUUACGCGGACGAAAUCGUAAGCAUUUCUAGUCAAACGUUUGGAGAAACUACACUGAACAUCCAUGUUCUUAGGUUUAAUAAAUAAGAUAGCAAGUAUGCAUACAUAAUUGGGUAGAUUCCAGUUCCAGUUAGAGAAUGAAAAAAUACUAGAUAAGUAUAUUUUUAUUUUCUCGUAUUAAGUUGCAAUACUUCGAUAAAAUGGCGCUAAGU